GAUGUUUUCUCGCUGUUCAAAAUAAUAUCUUCAAAAAAAAAAAAAAAAAAAAUCCAAAUCAAAGAGUCCUCUUACCUGUACGAUACUUGAGAUUAUGAUCCCCCCCUCCUUUCGGCUUGGAGCCGUAAGUAUAGUUAACUAAGAGGAUUGAUAAGUAGUAUUUUCAAAGUUUCUGAAUAAGGAUGCUCAUAUUAGUAGUCGAACACUAAAAGGUUCUCAGGUAUAGCUAUGACUUUCAAGUUCAAAGGACAACAUGGCAACCAAUGUACCAAAAAGUAAUUAAGAAUAGGGAUUCUUAGAAUAACUUGCAUACAAAGGAGGAGCGCAUACUGGAGGAGUACUAACACCAGACGCAUAGGUGUCAAUGAUUUGAUAUUCUUCAACUGAAGGGAUUUCUUCGGCAGGUAUGGAAUUGAAAUGCAGAUAGUAAACAAGAGCAAGGUGUACACAAAAUAUGAGAGCGCAAUAAAUAGACCAAACUAUGAAAGAAGGCGUGGAGGCCCCGUUGGUGGAAAUGGAAUACAAGAGAUACAAAAAGAGAAACGUGAGACCAAUUCCGAUAUAACAAACGUUAAUUGCUUUUUUACUACGUUUUAAAAGAAAGAUUCUGCCAAAAUCAUACGGAGAUUUCCUCGUACUUGCCGCCAUUGUAAUAAUGCCGUUUCUAUAGGAAAGCGAGUACUUCCUAACUGCUUGAGUAUGACCUACCUUUCUUCUAGUCCAUCCCAGUUGGUUUUUCCCAUUUGUAUAUGAAUUGAGGAGUCACGAACAAUCUUAUGUUUACAUAAGAUCUUUUUUUCCUAGUUUAAAAAAACCAGCGCAUUGUUCAUAAUGGAUUUAGGCUUGAAAACGAAAGAGUUGCAUAAGCGUCUUGCAGAAGAACAGACAGCUCAAGAGGUGCAAGAGAAAAAAAGAAAUAUGUAUUUAGAAGCUUCUGAAAAAUUCAAAUCGUUAGAAAACGUGAAUGGAUUUUUACUAAUUGUUCAGUUAAUUUAUCGUGUAGGAGUCUUCUUUACAAUUCUUAGUUCUCCAGAUAGGGCUACCCUACGUAUUUGCAUUUAUUUAGAAUUUCUUGUUGCACUGCUUACUAUAGCCUACUUUUUGGGAAAUAUUGUCUGGGUAAAAACAGACAUUUAUAAGAAAUUCGUCUUUGACUAAGAGUCUUAAAUUGUUAUAAUGGACAACUUAUAUAAGGCAAAGUACAAUAUAAAAGACAAAGGUCCGAAUUCACAAGAAUAAGGAGAUGAGCUUGUCAGAAGAAACCAUUACUCAUUUGUGAACGAUUUUAGGGAUAAACAGGAUCUCUUUUCUAGUCAAUACUCCUUGAAGCCUGAGUAAAGAUUUGGUACAUGAAACGUGAACAAAUUUUUUGAGACUCACAGCACAUUCUUUUGUUAAAGUCUCACAUUUCCUUUUUAUGAUUCAUCAGCAACGAUAAAAUAAUCACAAUAACAAAGCAACGACUUGAAUACCAGACACCAUUUAUAUCUUUUCUAAGCGCGUUGCGUGAAGGCAAUCCUUCAGUUUAUGAUUUAUAUAUAGACAAGCAUUCCGGGAUAAUAAUUGAAAAAUUUGCUUAAAUAAAUAAGAAUAAACUGUUCAUGCAGUUAUAAUCCGAGUAUAUUCAUGGAAAGAAAAUCCGUAUGUUGAAAACCAGCCCGCACUUUCCUAUUCGUUGACAUUUGCUUCCAAAAUCUAACUUUUCAGCGCCAAUAAUAAAUUCAUACUUUCUCGUACACUGUCAAACAUAUGAAUAGAAAGGAAUUGGGUUCGAUAAAAAUUGUCUGGCGUAUGAAUUAUCAGAGGAAACGAACCAAGCGGUCUAAGAUAAAAAAUAAAGUCAUUUAAAAAAGUUCGAUUCCAUUAUGUGGGAUAAGAAGGAUUAUUUUGAACUGCAGAGGAGAACAUCGUAUCUUGAAACCGCUCAGGGCCACUAACCCGUACUUGUUUCUGUACAAGAUUCGUCAGCCAAUCCUUUGGCUUCGUCUGUGUUUCUGAGGCUGGUUGGAAUCCUGCUACACGUCGAAGUUCGUCCAUUUGAGGUCCAUGGUACCAUUCAAUGAACUCUUUCACAUCCUCUUCUGUACCAUCGAGCAAACCCACUUCUUCAAGGGCCAGUCGAAAGUCUUGUAAGUCGCAGUCUUUUUUCCUACUCAAUUCUGCUUCUGCCAUUGUAGUUUCUGACAGCAGUUGGAUGUAACGGAUCAUUAUAUCUGUAAAUGAAUCCAACAGCGACAAUUUUGUACGAUCAAGGCCAGCUGCACGUAGUGUUUGCGAACAAAACACUCGCAUCAGGCAAAAAUAAAUGUCGUUUUUCGGUGAUCCUUCCAUGAGAUCCUAUGUGAAAGUUUCAGCGGGUAAAGAAUAGAAAUUCGCGUUUUUACCUAAUCGUGCUGAUGGAGAAAUUCAGUUACCGUAUAUUCAAGGAUUGCGAUGAUUUCUUGCAGUAUCUUAUGCCGAAUACGAUAUAAAAACGAUGACUGUACUAUAUCGAUAAACGCUAUAAUGAGACGUUAGAAUUCUUUAGUAAACAUUCAUCAAGAAAAAGAUACAAAACUUAAAUUCGUUGUUCCCUAGAAGAAAAUCGAAUAUUUCUCUUCUAUAAAGUGUUUUUUUUAUAUAGAGAAGGUGAGGAACCCUCUAAUGGUACAGAGAAAUUAUGGUUUUCUUGCACAGUUUUUCAAUCCAUGAUAAAGUUCAGAGGAUUAAUUUUUAAACAGAAUUCGCCGUAGUUUCUAGUCAAUUU